AUGGUAGAGAAGCUAACGGUGACCGGCCGUCUCAGUCGUGUGGAGACGAAGUUCGCGUUCGUCGAAACUGUGAAUGGCAGCGUUUUCUGCCCAUUGGCGGCUGCCAUUCCGCCAUCUGAGCACGUGCCGAAUUUUGCAAUGCGCUAUAACACCGGGGACAUUGUACAUGUCACCAUGGUGCCCCAGGAAGAAAAAAACGGGUGUAAAUGGAGAGCAGUAAAGGUGAGAGGUUUUUCGAUUUCUAAUUUCAUUUUAGCACAUAGGAUCGAUCCCAUCGCCCAAAUCACCAACGUAAGUGAAACGCUAGCAUUUGCAUCAAGCGACGAAUUGGGAUCUGUUUUUAUCCCUGGAGCAGCAUUUUCCUCGGAAGAAGUAACUCGUCUGAACUCCCAUCUGAGUAUCGGUAUGUUGAUGAGUUAUUUACUACACGUAAAUGUCGAUGUGAAAAAUUAA